AGAUAUAUUCUACAUGUUAGAUCCAGACCAAAUCUAAUCCAAAGCAGUAUCUAGAGUCUAGAGACUCUAUAUGUAGGUCUACUAGAUUUAUAUAGAUCUAGGCCUAUCUUUUUAAAAAUCUCUAUUCUAUAUCUAGACGUCUAUAUCUAAUAUAAAACUACUAAACGUGUAUCAAGGUAGGGUUUUGAUUUUUUUUCCCAACACACUACAGUCUCGUAUUUGUAUUGUGACCUACAAACAUUGAUUCUAUCUAGAUCUAGAAUUAGAUCUAUACAAAUUUUCGAGAUCUAAAUGUUUUCGAGUGAAGUGAAAGAAACUAACUAAUCAGUUUUGUGUGUUGAUAGUGUAUCUAGAGUCUCAAUUAAAUUCGGGCAUGUUUUAGUUAAAAGUAUUUCUAGGUCUUUAAUGUGGCCUCGUUUUCUUCACAAUAAGGAAGUAGAUCUAAAUCUAGAGAUUAUCCUAGAUCUAAACAGUUGCUAAAUUUCAAGCAAAUUGUAAGGAGUUAGAUCUAGGCUACUCUUAAACUGUUUAAAACUGGUAGGGCUAUUGCAUUAGGCCUAGAUCUAUUUCUUUUCGACAAAUAAGCUCAUUUCAUCAAAUUUCAUUAGCAUGUUGAGCAGUAUGCAGAGGGGUUAUGAAUUACGAAAAUUGUAGAUCUCGAUAUUAGUGUGUGGUGUACAUGUGUAAGUCUAGAUCUAUGUGCUUCGCUUGGUGCCGGUGAUUUCCCCGAGGAUGGAUCUUAAGAAAAGACUUUCGGACUUGGACCCAGAGCUGGAUGGCCUGGGCAACGACAGUGAGAGAAGGGUGCUGUCCAUCCUGGAGGAUAGGGAUAAGGUCAUAAUGCUGCAGCAGCAGCAGAUCGAGAGGCUGAAGGCAGAGUUGAGGCGAGUUACGGAGGAGAAGGAUUUACUUCAAGCUCGCCUGGAUGCUGUGGAUGGCGAGAGAACACCUGUCAACUCUCUGGAGCGCCAGAGCAGUGUCACGGGCGUGAAAGGAUUCAGCGACGGCCAGGCUUGGAGUCAUGGGCAGAGAACGGGGACCCAGGGCGGCGUCGACAGUACAACACCCCCGAGGGGCGGCAAGCUGGUGAGCCAGAACAGCAUCCACAACCGCAUCCAGAGGCAGAGGUCUUUGAAGAACAGCAACGACGAUGUGAUCAAAAGGUCCAGACCUAACCAGAGCUCCUACCAGCUGUCACAGGACCUGCAUGACAAGCAGGUGGAGAUGCUGGAGAGGAAGUACGGAGGCUCCAUACGUUCCAGGCGAGCUGCUAGGACAAUACAGAGGGCGUUCCGUCAGUAUUGCAUGAACAAAAACUUCGAGAAGCUCCGACACUCGUACGGGGAGCGCAGGUUGUCCAAACGUUUGUCAGAGCUGGGCCGCAGUAACACGGUGUGGUCCGACAGGCUGUCCGGCGACCUCACCUCGGCCACAGAUGACAACGGCAACGUCAACAUCCCCCAGGAGGAAGGCGAGGCCUACGUGCGCAACAUUCGCAACAUGGUGGCGGAAUUUGAAAACUCGGGCAGGUCGCAGGAUCCUGUAAAGCUCGACGGAAGCCCUGACAGACAGAGGCGUGGAACUAGUGGGUCGAUUCAGAGAUUGGAUAGCAAGCGCAGGCAGGAGAGGCCUCCAGGAGUGGACAACUUGGAUUCUUACUCUCAUGGCAAGGAUAGCUAUCAUCACGGCCAUCUGGGGCGCCAUUCCUACAGUAGCCCGAGCUUUGCUGGGGAGAGGGGCACCAGAUCAAAGAGCUUGAGUAGCCAAGGGAGUGUGUAUGGCGGUAGUGAGGUCAGAGGACCAUACUCAGAAUUGACCUCCAACACAGGAGAGUUCAUUCGUUCCACUGUGCUGGAGAAUACAACAGCUGACCCACACAGCCUAGACUUUGAAAACCUUCUAGAAAGUAAGGAAACGGAUAUACUGACCGAUAGUUUUCAUAGUGAGGGUAGCAAUAAUCAGGAUAUUAUUGGCAGUGGUCAUCACAUGUUGACCCAUCGAUCAUCUGCUACCUCAAUUGGGAUUACUAACAUGGAUUACAAUUCUGACCUAGCAAGGGUCUCAUCUUCUCCAGUUGGAUCUUUUGAUAGCUUCAGGACCAUCUCAAUUGAUCCCAACGAUUACAUUACAAAUGCUGAUGAUGGGCCUGAGGUCAGAGUUGACCCAGGCUCCCCUGAACCGGACAGUCCCCUGUACAAGGAGCAAAUGACCGCUGCCCAGGUGAAGUACUAUAUGGCAAACUCUCAGGUCAAGUAUCGCAACAGGGAUCCCAACAUUAUGAGCGCUCCUAAUGUGGCAGUAGUGCCACCCACAAGGGCUUCGGAUACUUCCCCAAUCUGGAAGCGCAAAGGGGAUGCCCCACCCAAUGGUCAGCAGGUCAGCAACGGGACACUGACAGAGAAGAAAGGUGAAAUGAAAAGGAUGAGCAACAUCUCUGAGACCAGUGAGGCGGACAGCAUUGAAGGUGUGAACUCUAGCUCUCUCAGCUCUGAGAAUGUCAGCACUGAAAACAUCAGCAUGAACAGUGACACAUCCCUGAGUUACCAGAGGAAGCUGAGAAUGAGUAUAACCCCAGAGUCUCAGACUAUCCCUCGUGGGAAUGAUAAACAGAGGAAGAGGUUGUACAGAAUUGGACUUAAUUUGUUUAACAAGAAACCUGAGAAAGGUCUUGAGUUUUUACUGGAUAAUAAUUUUUUGGAUAGAUCUCCCAAAAGUGUGGCCAGAUUUUUUAUUUCCAGGAAAGGCUUAAGCAAACAAAUGAUUGGAGAUUUUUUGGGCAACUUACAGAAAACAUUCAACCAGGAAGUUUUAGAAUACUUCUGUGAAGAGAUUGACCUGUCUGGUUUACAGGUGGACGUAGCCCUCAGAAAAUUCCAGUGUCACUUUAGGAUGCCGGGAGAAGCCCAGAAAAUCGAACGCCUGAUGGAAGCCUUCGCUGAACGUUACUGCCAGUGUAACCCGGACCAGGUGAAGAACUUCAAGAAUCCAGACACUGUUUUCCUGCUUGCCUUUGCCAUCAUCAUGUUGAACACUGACCUACACAACCCAUCGGUCAAGGCCGAGAGGAAAAUGAAGUUGGAAGACUUCAUUAAGAACAUGAGAGGUAUUGAUGACGGGGAAGACAUAGAUCGCGACAUUUUGACGGGACUUUAUGAGAGGAUUAAAGCUCAGGAGUUCAAGGCUGGUGUCGACCAGGUGACACAAGUGAUGAAAGUGGAGCAGACGAUCAUUGGCAAAAAACCUAUUCUCAGUCUUCCACACAGACGUUUGGUGUGUUACUGUCGAUUGUAUGAGGUCCAUGAUCCCAACAAGAAAGAGAAAAUUGGUUUACACCAGAGAGAAGUCUUUUUGUUUAAUGAUUUAUUGUUGGUAACCAAAAUAUUCAGCAAGAAGAAGACAGGCAUCACAUAUUCAUUCCGUAACUCCCUCUCACUGUGUGGAAUGCAGGUCUAUCUGUUUGAGACUCCACAUUACCAGUUUGGCAUUCAACUGACCAACAAUAUUGAUGGGAAGCCAUUGAUAACAUUUAAUGCUAGAAAUGACCAUGAUAGGCAAAAGUUUGUUGAAGAUUUAAAAGAAUCAAUACUUGAGACCAAUGGAAUGGAGCAACUUAGGAUAGAGGAAGAAAUGGCCAGGCAUCGCACAACACAUAACACCAUGGACCACAAGCGUUACGCUUGCGAUGACUCCAGAGUCCUAGCGUAUGAUCUUGCUAAAGCAUCAGAAAAUCCUCAUAAUCGCCUGUCUGCACCGGAAUGUAGUCACUUAAAGAAAGUUCCUUACUCCAACUCUCUCACUGACCUGACGUCAGACCCCAUGAUGAAGAGGGGAAGCAGUGGAGCCUCGCUGGACAGUGGGAUUGCGUCAGGUAGUAUUGGCAGUGCAGGCAGCGACAGUCAUCCAGUGCUUUUCCCUGUCAGUCCAACAUCUGCGACAGGUAGCUUAACAAGCAUAGCAGGAGGAGGCAACAAGAGGAACCCUGCCCCUAGAGCCCCCAUUCUGUAUAUGCCAAAUUUACCAGACGGGACUCAGGUGUGAUGGAGAAACCAGUCACCAUUGCAGGACACAUGAAGUCACAUGACUUCUGGCGCAAUCUUUGUGUGACACUCUGACUGGCUGCUUUAUGUUUUGGUAGAGCAGACGGGAGGAAGGCAAAGGUCAAUCUUGCUGUGUGCAGGUCACAUUGACAUUUCUCACCUGAACUGGUAUAUAACCUUUGAACUCAAAAAGUUUAAGCACGGGAGUCAUGGAUGCACAAAGAAGACAUAAUGAACAGAGACAUCUAGUUCUCGUUGUUGUCAAUGACUAAAUAUUUUGAAUGUACUUCAUGUUUCCUGAUCUGAUCAACAAAUAGUUCAACCAAAUCAUUGUCAUCUUUCAAAUUCAAAACCCAAUUUAUUUUUUUUUAAACCCAAGCAAACUAAUAAUAGUGUUAUCUGGUUACUCACUUUUAGUGAGCACUUUUGUUUUCCAAGUGCAUAUUCAUAACUCUUUAUUUUAACAAAACUGGCAAAGGAGGUUUCAUGUAGUUUGAUAUAAGGAAGCUAGUCUGUAUAGGGACCAUUAUACCUAUCAUUUACUAACAGAGUUUGUCAAGUGUUAAGUAACUUAACUAACCAGUACCAAGAUUAUUCUGCAUUUUCCCUAAAUUUGGUUAAAAUGUAAUUGUCACUAUUAAAUUCUUUACUUCCAUUUUAUUUAUGAAAAGAAAAAGGAAGUUCUUAAAACCACAAUUUCUGUGUUACCUGCCCUUGAUGUACUGAUUUCUAAUUAAUUUAUUUCUUUGAUUGGUGGAAUGUGUGUUUGUGACCCAACGUCUUUCACAGUUUUAGUUUCACUCCCAAGUAAAGAAGAUUGUUCAGUUUCUUGUGUUUGAUGAACCAGUGUCUCAGAAUAGGUGCCCGACUUCAUUUCCUCUGCAUUAGGUAAAACAAUUAGAGCUUGCCCUUUAUUCUGAUUCACAACUUCACCAGGCCAGCAUUAAUUGUUUCAUUUAUCAUCCAAGACAUUUGUAUCAAUCAUAUCAUCUAUACUAAAGCUUGGCACUAAAUUAUGUUUCAUUCAUAAGUACGUAAACAAGAGUUUGAUCUUUUGUUUUCUAAAUAUUUUUGUUAACUAAGUUAAUAUUUUCAUUGGACCAAAGGUGCAACUGUUUAGUUGUUGUUUUGUUGGGCUCUUUAUUUAAUACCUUGAAAAAUGAGUUGAAGUUCUUAUGUUGUUGUUUCUUAUUGUUUGUUUAGAAAUGAAAUUAAAAUUUAUUUAUUUAAAAUUGUUAAGCAAGGGUGAACAGAUUGACUAGAAAUAAAUGUGUUAAUUUGUUAGUCUGGUAAUGUCUGCUGUAUAAAUGUGAGGAGGUAACUCUAGUUCCUACAGGAGUAGAAGUGAGCUAUUCAGGAGUGAACUGAUCCAAUACUUGUGUUAUGUAUCCACAUUGAUGUGUGUAUAGUCCCACGUUUGGUCAAGAUGUAAAUACAAAUGUUUAUUAAAAAAAACAACUUGUGUAUAAAAUAGUGUAAAUAUCUUGAUAUGCUCUACAUAAUGGGCCUAUUUAAACACUUUUUUUUGUUCAUUUGUCUAAGCUGCCAUUGAAUGUUAACUGAGAUGACUAUGUAUCAAAAAUGUCAACAAAAUUAACAUUUUUAAAGUUCAAAAUAGAUAUCAUUAUGUAGAUUAACUUACUGAAAUUUUGUAUCUAUUGAAAUGAAAAAUUGUUUUAUAAUUAAAAGCGUGUCCAUUAAGUCACAAGCAGGUCAUAUGAAACACUUGUUGACAGACUAGACAGACAACAAAUGUGUAUGUAUGGCUAUUCCAUGCAAAUGUUUUGUUGUUUUUGUUUUGUUUUUUGCUUUAAUAACUAACAGUUGAAAUUACAUUCUUGUAAUAAUUUGUAACUAUUACUGAUACAUGUGUUAAAUAGAACUAUUUGUGUAGUGUCAAGAGUGCAACUUGUAAUGUACAGGGUUUGAUUGAUGGCUAGAAAAAAAAACUCUGUAGUUGUAUGUAGAAUAUUCAAGUGUUGAAUAGGUUUUUAGUGCACUAGAAGGGGCAACAUGCCAAGUUUCACUUAAAAGCUUUGAAAAAUUCCUAUGUCAUUAGUCAAAGCCGCACAAAAAAGACUACUUUAAUGACAGGAUUCAUUAUAAGUCUGUAUUUGAUAGAAUAUAAGCAGUUCUUUAUAAUGGCUUUUUUUUUUUAAAGUACAAAAUGUUUUCCAAAACACAAUGUAGAACAAUAAGCAAUGAUGUUUGGUUUUGAUUGAAAAGAUUUUAGAUCUUUGAUGUAGUUUUUCAUGUCAAAGAUGUGAUGGCAGUUUCAACUUAAAUUUGAGUUGAGUAUUCACUAGAUUUGUAUAAAAUUGUAGCCAAUUAAGUGAAUUAUCAGCUUUAAUUUGUUGCAGCCUGUUGUGUGGAAUAGUUUUCUAGACACUUGUGUAUACAAGUUUGAGAUAGUGUAGCUAUAAGUGGAUUAGGUGACUGACACAUUUUAUGGGUAACACAAGUGUGAGUAUGUGGGGCAUUGUCCAUGAGAUAUUAAUAGUAUGUGUGGUAACUCAAGGAUACUUGUAUCCUCUGGAUCACUCUCACUAUGCAGACUACUAAAACACAGUCUAAACUUACUGGGUUCAUUACACUCAAGUCAUUGAAAAUCCUAAAGGGUUAACUAGUGUGAUUGUCAAUGAUGUCAGCUUAGCAAGUCUAGAUAACUUCAGUGGACACUGUUGUUUUUUUUCUCUGGACAUUUGACACUAUUUUCUUCUACCUUGUUGUCCUAGCCUAGAACUGUCCCAUUUAGUCCCAGCACUGUCUGUGUGUAUCUCACAGCCCAUCAGAAAAUAUCUCCAUAGAAUUUGCUCUUGUGCUUCUUUGUUUCAUUGAAUCCUAAUCAUAUUUUGUUUUGGGGCAUAAGGCCUAUUCAAGUAUAUUGAGCAGAUAGACUUUUAUCCCUGCAGCAUCAAGUGUGUUUACAGUAGUUCCAGUAUGGAUGAGUUCUGAAUGAAAGGCUGUUAUGAUGUAGAUCAUGGGAACUCAAAUGAUCAGGUAAACAUUAUUAGACUUUAGCAUUGUGUUCUACACAAAUAAAAUGGUUUCAACUUA